UAAAGAUACUAGGUGCCUACCAUAACGAUACCAGGUGCCUACUAUAACACGAUGUCGUCUGUGGUGUCUCAAUAUGUUACUAAAAUUAUCUGUGGAAAUCAAGGAUGUUUGGACUUCAAGCAGCUUGACCAAAUCGUUGGUCAAAAGUUCACUUGUGAAAAUGAGGUCCUACUUGGAAUACUUCGUGACAGCAGAAAAUAUGCCAUCAUUGAAGGCAAAGAUAAUGCUUCGGGCUGUGUUAUGAGCCAGGACAGUGUUAUUGUUGCUAAGACUUCACUACGAGUCUGUCAAACCUCUCAUAAAGAGUGUCAUCAUUGCGAUAAUUUACACAUAUGCAGCCACUUUGUGUGCGGUAACUGCAAGUACGGGAACAAGUGCAAAAAGGCCCACAGUCUAGAUUGCCCACACAACGCAGCUAUUAUAAGUGAGGUGGGUCACCAUGACCUGGGGGAGGCAGAGCUGUUCCAACUUCUGCUGCAGAACGACCCCUACCUGAUGCCUGAGAUCUGCUCCCAUUACAACAAGCGCGUUGGUGAGCAUGGCAUCUGCAAGUUUAAAAGCAGCUGCACAAAACUCCACCUCUGCCUGUACUUCCUCCAGGGUGACUGUAGGUUUGGUGCUGGUUGUAAGAGGGCCCACACGUUCGAUGCCCCUGCAAUGAAGAUUCUAAACAGCAGAGGAUUCAGCCAAGAGAACAUCAAGAUCUUCCACAAUAUCUACAAGAAUAAAUUAAUCAUAACUCACCAAGAAAAUCCAGCUGCUGUAGCACCCUCCCUUGCUCCAGUCAUGAUGCCAGUUGAGAAACAUCAGCCCUCCUCCAGCUCCACCAGUGAGACUGACAGGGAUGAAAUCUGCCUCUUCUUCAUCCGCAGUCGCUGCAGCUUCAAAGACACAUGUGUCCGUGUCCACUACCAUCUGCCUUACAAAUGGCAGAUCUUAGAUGGAGUGACUUGGAGAGACCUGGACAAUGUAGAGGAGAUUGAGAAGGCUUACUGUAACCCACAAAAUGACACAAGUGGAGGAAGUAAGCCUGUGAACUUCCUCACCAUGACAUGUGGAAGCCCUCCAGUUCGUCGUCUGUCCACUGUUUCAUCCGUCACCAAACCCCCUAACUUCAUCCUCACAACAGAAUGGCUGUGGUACUGGAGAAAUGACUGUGGCCAGUGGAUAGAGUAUGGCCAUGAGGGUGGUGAGGGGAAUGUGACCUCUGUCAUUUCCCAGACCCUGGAGAAUGCUUACCAAACUGACUCUGACAGCGAGAUUCCAUUUAAAUCUGGAGAUCAGAAGUACAUUCUCAGUCUCAAAGAGAUGCAUCGGCAGAAUAUUAGAUUUAAAACCAAAAGAGCAAUUUGUAGAAGGCCCUGUUUUCUCUCUAAGGAAGAUGUGAAUGACAAGCUGAAGAGUGAGUCUAAGGAGAGCUCCAGCUCCUCUGUGACUGUCCCUCCACACUGGGACAAAGGAGUCUUGUCUGACGCCACAGACUACAAGCUGGUUACACUCUCAAGCCAGAUAGAAGAGUACCAAAAGUUGGAGACGCUAUUCAAAAAUACCAUGGCCAGCAGCACCAUCCACAGCAUCAAACGGAUCCAGAACCCCUCACUCUGGAGGGUCUUCCAGUGGCAGAAGGAACAGAUGAUGAAGAAGAAUGGCGGGAAACUGGUUGAUGAGAGAGAAUUGUUCCACGGCACAGAUCACUCUAUCAUAGAUGUCAUCUGUGAACAGAACUUUGACUGGAGGACCUGUGGUGUGAAUGGAACACUUUAUGGCCUAGGGAGCUACUUUGCUAGAGAUGCCUCAUACUCUAACACGUACAUAAGAUCUCAGAGCAGCAGUAAGAAGAUUAUGUUUGUGGUUUUGGUCUUGGUUGGAGAGUUCACCAAUGGGUGUGAAACAUACCGUCGUCCACCUCAGAAAAGCACCAGCAAGGUCCUCUACGACAGCUGUGUCGACUCAGAAACCAACCCAUCCAUUUUUGUUGUGUUUGAGAAACAGCAGAUUUAUCCUGAAUACCUAAUUGAGUACUCCGAAAAUCCACAGGGGUCCAUACCAAUGUCUUCCACUGAAGACAACUGAUAUUUUGUGACUUGCUAACAGUCCUCACAUGCUCUACCUACUGUAUUUCUGUUAUUUCUGUAUUGAAUUGGGGCUAGUGGUUUAUUGAAUUGGGGCUAGUGGUUUAUUGAAUUGGGGCUAGUGGUUUAUUGAAUUGGGGCUAGUGGUUUAUUGAAUUGGGGCUAGUGGUUUAUUGAAUUGGGGCUAGUGGUUUAUUGAAUUGGGGCUAGUGGUUUAUUGAAAUGGGGCUAGUGAUUUAUUGAAAUGGGGCUAUUGAAUUGGGGCUAGUGGUUUAUUGAAUUGGGGCUUGUUUUGGGGUAUCUUUUUGUUAUUAUUUUGGGCUCUUUUAAUCCAUUUUGCCAGUUCAGUGCUAUAGCAUGGUUGAAAUUUAAAGGCAAUGUUCCCACGCUCACAGUCGCUUUGUCACGCCCUGGUCUUGGUAUUUUGUGUUUCCUUUAUUAUUUUGGUCAGGCCAGGGUGUGACAUGGGUUUAUUAUGUGUCUUGU